AUGGCAGAGCUUAACCAGAGGCUUGAGGCGGACCCUCGCAACCCAAACGGGGCAGGUGAAGGGGGCAGCGGCGGCAGCGGCGGUAGCAGCGGGGUCGAGUCGAUUAUGAGCGCGCUGCGCGACGCCACCGAGAGCUUGGGUGGGAUCGUCGGAGACGCUACGGACACUCUGAGCGGGAUGGUUGGCGACGCGAGAAAUAGUCUGAGCGGCAUCAUCAGCGACGCUGGCCAGCGGCCCGUGCGCACUGCUCCGUUCGCCCCGCCCGACGAUGGGCUGGAGGCUAAGGCGCGGCGCAUACUUGAGAAAAAAGGCGGCGCACCGCCAACCCCAGAAGAGGUGACGAACAAGGUGGCUCGCAUGCGGAAGAAGAAGGCCAGGGAGGCUCGCGAGAGGAGCGAGCUCGAGCACCUCAAGAUGCAGCUAGCGCGACUGCACUCUGCAGCAGCGGGAGGCUGGGCCCACGCCCUGAUCGAUCGCGCUCCUGGGACUCUGUCACUGUCUCUCAAGUCUCAUCUCCGCCGGCCAGACGAGAGUGCAGAUAGAACUUCUCUUGAAAAGUAA